AUGCAAAUGUCUAUAAUCUCUGAUUAUAAAUUUCAAUGUGUCAAUACAACUUGUUUUCCAUUCAUGAAUGUUUUCACAUCAAACAUCAAGAAUUGUCAAGUAGCCUGCUUAGCUCAAAGUCAAUGUGCAGGAGCCACUUUUGAUCGAUCAACUUCUAAUUGUGAAUUAUUUGAUAAUAUAUUGAACCAAAAUGGAAAUAUGUUGGCUGAUGUCGAUACUAUUAGCAUCAAUGUCAUCACGGGAACACGAUUUCCAUCAGAACCAACUACAACAUCAACAUCAAUAACAUCAUCUUCAGCAUCAUCCUUAUCUGCAACAUCAUCGUCAUCAACAUCAUCAUUGUUAACAACAACCUCAUCAUCAACAACAACCUCAUCAUCAACAACAACCUCAUCAUCAACAACAACCUCAUCAUCAUCAUCAUCAUCAUCAUCAUCAACAACAACAACAACAACAACAACAACUGCUACUUCAUCAACCACAUCGUCAACAACAACA